AUAUACAAUUAUUUUUGUUAUAUUUCAAGACAGAUGACUUUCAUUUUGUGUUUUAUAAUGUAUCUGCCGCUGUGAAACAAAUACUACUGCUACAUGAAUACGAUAUAGUUAAUUAGUUAUAUAAGUGUAUAUAUAUUACUUGAUGAACUUUUGCAUAUCGCAUAUACCUGCUGAUCAUAAAGUUUAGUACACAUAACAAAUGGAAACUUCUAUGGAAGACGAUUCAGACGUAUACCAGCAGAUUCCAGCAGAAUCAGGUUUAGAACAUGAUGGAGAGGAUGAAAUUGCCAGAUUUGGGCCAAAUCCUUACGCAUUGGCUUUUUCCGUGGCUAUGGUAUUCACAGAAUGGAUACAGAUGAUCUGGAUUAGUCAUCGCCUAAAACAUGUGAAAUUCUAUUUUAUUUUCACCAUUUUGUUUGCAAUUGUGUUCGUCAUGAUGACCCUCAUCAACAGAUCUAACCCAGGGCUGAUGCCAAUGGAUGUAGAUUUAGAACUAUAUCGUAGUGAAGGAGCACCUGCUAUAGCAGUGGAAGUUAACAAUACCAGGUUCAUACAAAGGUGGUGUGUCACAUGCCGUAUAUAUAAGUCUCCACGGGUCAAGCAUUGCUAUGAAUGUGGUAGAUGUAUCAAACGAUUCGAUCACCAUUGCCAAUGGUUGUCAAACUGCAUUGGGGAACACAACUAUAAACUAUUCAUGAAUUUUUGGUUGUUCUACUCGUUGACAGAAUUGGUAUCACUCUAUUACAUAUUGAAGUCAAUCAAGAUGAUAGCCAUAGUAGUUGGCUCCGGCGGCAGAGGUUGCGGAUUAAAAGUAUUCGCUUCUCAAUAUACAACAUUGUUCCUCAUCACAAUAAUUGCGUUCAUACGGACCCUCUUCGUGCUGUACAAUACCUUGGGAAACGCAUACUUCAUAUCAAAGAAUAUUACAUACUAUGAAUAUCUAACAAGACAAUAUUGCGGCACGAAUCCGUUCGACGCUGGAUUCAUUAACAACGUCAAAGAAUUUUGGUCACUGCCCUGGAUAGAGCUAAGACAGUAAUACAUGCUUAUGGACCAAAUACAUCGUCACUAAAACACAUGUAAAAGUAUUGGAGUAUUAACCAAAUGCUAUGAGACAUCAUACAAUGGCAAUUGCGAUUAUGUUAAGUGGGCAUUCAUAAAAUGCCGGAAUGUAUUUAUGAAGAACAUAGGUUCAGCUUUUAUUCGCCU